AUGGGCGAUCAGGCACAACAGAAUUUCUUGGCUUUGUUAGCUGCUCAAGCAGCUACACAAAGCAAUAUGCCCAUGGGUUUACUUUUUCCAAAUCUGAAUUUUGGUGUGACAAAUACAGUUGAUAUGAUGUUUUGGAAUAUGGCACAGUUGUCACAACCAGGAUUACUAUUGCAACAACAGCAACAACCGCAAGAAUCUUUUGAAGAAGUGUUAAGGAGAAUGGCUACUGCAAAUGCAAGAUCAGCUAAUAUCGUUACCGGUAGACAACAAACGAAUCGCGAAACUGAUAAUACAGAUAACAACGAAUCGACACUACGACCAACCGGCCAUUUUGUUCCCGAUGUAGCUUCCACUUCUUCUGCGAAUAUCGGCAUACUGACUUCUUCCUUUCCAGAUUCGCCAACAAAAGGUUUGGAACCGGGUGAAAUACCGAAGCGGAGAGAUAGCAAUAGAACAAGAAAUGGUAUGUCUUCGCAACUAUCACCUUCGUCAUCAUCAUCAUCGUCAUCAACUGGCGGCGUAUCUUUGAAUUCAAAUCUUUUAGAGGCAUCAGCACGCUGCUAUGCUGCAUUUGCAACAGCUUCUCAACAGCAGCAGCAGCAGCAAAGUGAACUUAUUGCUGCCGUGUUACAAAGUGCUGUUAAUUAUGAAAAGGCAAGAGCUCGAGCUGCAAAUACCAGCACUGUCACUACCGCUUCUCCCAGUGGUAGUGGUAGUGGUACUCAUAUUAUAUGCCGAAAAGAGGAAAGCCAUCGACCGUGUGUAAUAUCUGCAAAAGUUUCCCACGAAUCAAUGCUGACAUCAUCAUCAUCAUCAGCUAGAUUUACUGAUUCACCCUUGGAUUUAUCAUUUCACAAAUCAAGAAACGGUGCAACAGGAGAGCAUAAUCGUAUUCUUAAUGAACAUACUAGCAGCGCGGAUUCUGAUAGCUCAAGAAAGCGUACACAAGCCGAUGCGGCUUUAAUACGAAUACCACUGAAAUCUGGCUGGCGACGUCAGACCUGUAUUCGAACAAUAAGUGCCAGCGGGGUUCGAGGUGAUGUUAUUUACUAUGCGCCAUGUGGUAAAAAACUUGGUUCAUAUGCUGAAGUAACGCGGUACCUCACAAAAAAGAAUAUCAAAGAUAUUGGAAGGGAAAAUUUUAGCUUUAGUUGUAAAGUUAUUGUUGGCGAGUACAUUCUAUUCAAAGAUGAUGAAGAUGGUUCAAAGGUUCCCGAUAGGGUAUCGGAAGAAAGAAUUUUGGCUGAAAUUGCUAACUGUUCUGCUACUAAUACUGUUCGUAGAACAUCUGGUACCCAUGUAAAAGCAACCCUUUCUUCAGGAACAAUUGAUCCUUCUGGAACAGUUGCCCUGUCAGCUGAUAAGAAUUUACCGAAAUUAACUGACGAUAAUGCACUGAAGCAGUUGCAUCGGCAAUUCUUGCGGCGUCAAGGAGAACAACAAAUGUAUGCGCAACUAUUGCUUACCUUUGGUCAGCACGUUCAACAACAACGUCAAUUCCAUCAUCAACAGCAACAACAACAAAAACAACAGCCUUCGGUUAUUACAGUGGAAGGAAAAUCAACAGUUGAAGUGGAACCUCAAAUUAAGAAACCUAAAUUAGACCGGUCUGAAUCAACAACAUCACGGCACGCAGCAUCUUCACUGAUAUCAGUUACAACUCCCGUUACUGCUACUGCUAUUGCUAAUAAUGUUUCUUCUCAUAUUAUUAUCCCUACCACCACUUCUACUGUUGCGGCCUGCACUGCUCCAACUGUGGAAGCAAAACUGCCAAAGGUAGAACUGAGUGAAGAAGAAAAACAAGAAGAACGUCUAAAAGCUCUUCGAUUACCGACAGAUGAUCUUUUGAUCGAGGAAGCACGGAAACUGCCUACACUUGAUUCUAUCGAAAAUCUUACUAUUAGUGCGCAGGCAUUUGCUAAUGUUUUGAUGGUUGAUGAAUUUGUACGUAAUUUCGGUCAUGUUUUAAAAAUUGAUCUAAACGCAAUACCGACGCUAAACGAGUUCCUGGCAGGUCUACAAAAUCAUCCAAAUCAUCUCAAAAGUUUCCUGUUACUUACUAAAAUUUUACUGCAAUUGGUUCUCGAAUAUCCUGGGCUGCCAUCAGGAAUUGCUGGGCGAACUCCUCUCGGACAAGCACUUAAAGAUGUAGGUGUCCAUCGAGAGAAUUAUUCAGAACUGCUGAAGAUGUUUCUUUUGUCGCGUGAUGAAGAAGGGAAAAAGCUUGGUGCCAAACUGGAGUGUUGUUCGUUCGAAUGUUUAGAUCCAGAAUCAAAAGCUGCGAUCUUAGCUUUUCUGUGCAAUGAACUGCUGUACUGCCGAAAUGUUGUUCGUGAUAUUGAAUCAAAUAUGGAAGAAAUGACACGGUUAAAAGGUGAAAAAUGGCUACGUGAAGGUAAAUCACGUGCUUUGCGAGCAGUGCAGACACGAAAGCGAGCGGCACUAAGACGAUUGAGACAUGAUAUCAAGGAUGAUGAUGCCUCAUCUAGCCGAGCCGGUACUCCUGGUUCGGAGCGUUCUGAUGUUUCUGAGGAAGUGGAACCGGCAUUGCAACCGUCGCGACUGAAAGCGCUCACACCAGGACUUGGCCAGUGCGAUGUCUUAACUGAAGAAGAAGAGGCAAUGACCGUUGAUGAAUUGGAUGAGUAUAUCGGAAAGCUCAAUAAUGAAGCGGAAGAGUUACGUGAAAGGCACAAUACACUGAUCAAUCGUGUACGCAUUCAACCUAUUGGACAGGAUCGUUUUCAUCGUUUUUACUGGGUGUUACCACGUCUUGGUGUUCCUCUGGUAGAAAGCAUUGCUUCAUCUGGUCUCCAUAAUCCAGCGGUUAACGUAGAUAUUACUUGCCGGCAGGAUCCACCAUCCAUUACUGAGGAUCCGCAAAAUUUCGUCGAUCCAGAUGUCAUUGCUUGUUUGGAAGAUAUCUUGGACUCUUUAUGUGGCAAUGAAGAACGCCCAGACAGAGGGAAAAAGGUACGUUUGCGCAGACUGGAUAACAAAUGCAAACGUGGUUGGUGGAUGAUAUCAAAUGGGAAACUGAUGGAGCAACUACGAGGUGCGUUUCACGGUCGAGGUAUACGCGAACGGGUUUUACAUCGUUUGCUUAUUAAAGACAAUUUCACCUUCAACCCAAGUACUCAGUUAAAGCUGGAGCGUGUUAGUCGUCCAUUGACAAACAGCGAAAUCAACAAAGCAAUGAUAGUAAGACUCGCUGCCCUUAUCUCAUCGUUUGAACAGAAAGUUGUGGCCGCUAAUGUCCAUUGUCGACCAAUGUUUCCAACUGGAGAUAAUCGCGAUGAUGAUACAGAGAGUGAAGAUAGUUUGGAUGCUUGGACUUUGGAUGAUGGUUAUAUAUUGACUGAUGAAGCAGAAGUUAAUGAAGGAUGUCCACUGUAUGAAUGGGAUGAUUUCAAGGCGCUAAAAGAGCGGCUUUUAGAAGUCGAGAAAAGUAUUGAGCGUCGGUAUUUGCUUCAUCGCUAUUAUGCAGGGAUUAUGGCAUUUAAUUUCAGUUCUACGAUACCAGCUGAGAAGAUUCUGCGCACUCAACAACAGAAUAAUCAAAAUGGUAACAGUGCAGAUGCAAGUAGCAUUGUGGAUGUUAAUGAAGUCCAGUCGGAAGCUAGUGAUUCAACUAACUCUAAUUGUCCGUUUGGUGGCGCUGCUAUUACGGUUGAUGAAAGUGGUAAUACCGAACUUUUGCAGCGUUGGCGUGAUUACGUUCAGGAGGCUAAAACUGGCGGACAAAUUAUGUUCGCGUUGCAGGCAUUGGACUCAGCUAUUGCAUGGGAAAAAUCGAUAAUGAAAGCAAGUUGUCAGAUUUGUCGAACAAGUGAAAAUGAAAGCCAACUGUUACUUUGUGAUGCUUGUGACAUGGGUUAUCACAUGUAUUGCUUCCGUCCACGAAUAGCUACAGUUCCAGAUGGUGAGUGGUACUGCCCAUUAUGUGUUCAGCGAGCCUGUCGUAAAGUGCUUUGUCUUCUUUGUGCCAAAUGGAAUCGCCCAAAUUCGCAACCUCUGGAACCGAUUAUUGUAUGUUCAAAAUGUUACAAUGGUUAUCAUGCAUCCUGUUUUGAUCGUUCACCAACACUUAAUGAUCCCAAACAAUGGACAUGUCCAGGGUGCCUCAAUGCUGAUGGUUUCUCAACAGAGCUCGCAAAUUCUCUUCUAAAUGGUGAUGUAGAAAUAGCACUUGCUCAGCAGGAAGGUCAGGAAAAGCAAACUAGUUGCGUACAGGAAGAUGCAAGCGGACGUCAGGAACCUCCACGACAUAGGCGACGAAUGACACCGGCAGACUACGAUUUCCCUUUAGAUAUGAUGAAAAACCUUUUCAAUACGAUGCUGGACGAGCUAUGGGCGAAACCUGAAUCAGGACCGUUUCAAUAUCCUGUUGAUACUAAAGAAGUACCAUUCUAUAAAAAAGUUAUCAAAAGACCGAUGGAUUUGAAUCAAAUGCGGAUGAAUGUUGAAAAUAAUAAAUACAUGACGCAGGAGAGUUUUAUCGAAGACUUAGAGCAAAUUUUUGAAAAUUGUCGAACUUUUAACGAGGAUGAGUCACUGAUUGGUCAAUCUGGAUUAACACUACAUAAAUUCUAUCUAAAACGAUGGAAACAACUGCGAUAUAAUUACUCGAAACGUUUGAAACGUUUGAAAAAUCCACGUCUGGUGCACUCGACAACAUUGUUACCAUCGUCGUCACCAGCAACACAUCAGCAAGAGUAG